ACGCCGUGGUGCAGCCCGGGACACAGAUGGAGCCCCACCUUCGGGGACUCGCUAGGCGGAGCCCCGGGUUGUGACCCGCCGCGUAGAGGGCGGGCGCCGACUGUCUUCCGCUUGCGGCAGAGUCGGGUAGGCAAGGGACAGCGAUGAGCUGGGAGCUGCUGUUGUGGCUGCUGGCGCUGUGCGCGCUGAUCCUGCCCCUUGUGCAGCUCUUGCGCUUUUUGCGGGCGGAUGCGGACCUGACCUUGUUGUGGGCUGAAUGGCAAGGGCGACGCCCAGAUGGGUGCCAUUCAUCGCAUACCAUCUCCCCUGUAACUGUCCGCCUUCUUCAACAGAAUGGGAGCUGACUGACAUGGUGGUGUGGGUUACUGGAGCGUCAAGUGGCAUUGGCGAGGAGCUAGCUUUCCAGUUAUCUAAACUCGGGGUCUCUCUGGUGCUGUCAGCCCGAAGGGCGCAGGAGCUGGAGCGGGUGAAGAGAAGAUGCCUGGAAAAUGGCAAUUUAAAAGAAAAAGAUAUACUGGUUCUGCCCCUUGACUUGACCGAUACAAGUUCCCAUGAGGCAGCCACCAAAGCCGUUCUGCAGGAGUUUGGUAAAAUUGACAUUUUGGUCAACAACGGUGGAAGAAGCCAGCGUUCCUUAGUUCUAGAAACCAACUUGGAUGUCUUCAAGGAGCUGAUAAAUCUGAACUACAUAGGGACAGUAUCCUUGACCAAGUGUGUCCUGCCUCACAUGAUAGAGAGGAAACAAGGGAAGAUUGUGACUGUGAACAGCAUCGCGGGGAUUGCCUCUGUGUCCCUUUCCAGUGGCUACUGUGCCAGCAAGCAUGCUCUUCGGGGUUUUUUCAAUGCCCUCCAUAGUGAGCUCGGCCAAUAUCCAGGCAUAACAUUUUGCAACGUUUACCCGGGGCCUGUGCAGUCCGACAUUGUGAAGAAUGCCUUCACCGAGGAAGUAACUAAGUCUAUGAGAAACAACAUAGACCAGAGUUACAAGAUGCCAACGAGCCGCUGUGUGCGGCUGAUGCUCAUCUCCAUGGCCAAUGAUCUGAAGGAAGUCUGGAUCUCUGACCAUCCUGUGCUGUUGGGGGCAUACAUAUGGCAGUAUAUGCCAACCUGGGCCGCAUGGCUAAACUGCAAGUUGGGGAAGGAAAGAAUCCAAAACUUUAAGAAUAAUUUGGAUCCAGACUUGCCUUAUAAAUUCUUGAAGGCAAAGAAGGAUUGAAACAACCACCAGAGAUGUCUGAGCCACUUGUUGAGAAUGAAAAACAGCGUAUGUACAGUAAGCUUGCACACAGAAGGAGGGCCGGUGACUACUUUCGGGUUUAAUUUUUGAUACAACUUUCUAUUCAGUAUGUAAUGAAUAAUAAAGAAAACUUUGUCCUGUAUCUUGCCUUUGUA